AUGACACAACGUGUGCGCGCGGCACCCACACUACGCGACCGGUCUGCCCUGCUCGGCGUGACCCCACCGGCAUCCGGUCGUUCUUCACCUUUCGGUAGUGACCACAGUCCCGCGGGAUAUCGCUACGCAGACGACCUGGAGGGGCAGAAUGACGAACACUUGGAGGGUCUGAGCGCGAAGGUGCAGAUGCUGAAGAAUAUCACAGUAGGCAUAGGAAAGGAAGUCAAGGAGUCUACCAUACAGCUCAGCGAAAUGAACGACGCCUUCGCAGAGACCUCCGGCAUCCUCUCAGGUACCUUCCGGCGCAUGAACAACAUGGCAGAGCGCCAGGGCUGCCGCUGGCUGUGGUACAUUGUCUUCCUCAUCAUCGUGUUCUGGUUCUUCAUCAUCGUAUGGUGGUUUCGCCGGUAA